CCGGUGAACUGCAUUAGGUUUCUGUAGUGGAUUUGUUUAUUGUUUUCAUUUGGUGAAUCAAUACUUUGAAAAGUCAAUGUGCAUACAUAAAUAGUUGAGAAAUGGCGCAUUUAACGGGCACACGUGUAAGCAUGUUCAACGAGUCGUUCCUCAACGACAAUGAGCACGAUUCAAAUGCCGUGCUCAUGGAGCUGGACAAGGGGCUGCGCAGCGCAAAGCAGGGCAUACAAUGUGAAGCGAUCGUGCGGUUUCCUCGACUUUUUGAGAAAUAUCCCUUUCCCAUUCUUAUAAACUCGUCUUUCAUCAAAUUGGCCGAGUUCUUUGUGAGCGGCUCGAAUCUUCUGCGCUUCUGGGUGCUACGCGUGUGCCAGCAGAGUGAGAAUCAUCUGGACAAGAUUCUCAACAUUGACAAUUUUGUGCGGCGUAUUUUUAUGGUGAUGCACUCAAACGAUCCAGUGGCUCGUGCCCUACUCCUUCGCACUCUUGGCGCCGUGUCACGUGUGAUACCAGAGAAGCCACAGGUGCACCAUGCGAUACGUCGGGCGCUCGACAGCCACGACACCGUGGAAGUGGAGGCCGCUAUCUAUGCGAGCAGCUGUUUCGCCGCCCAAUCGAGCUCCUUUGCCAUCAGCAUGUGCGCAAAGAUCUCCGAUAUGAUUGAGUCAUUGCAGGUGCCUGUGCCGAUGAAGCUGCUGCUUAUUCCGGUGCUCCGCCACAUGCACCACGAUGCGAAUACAGCGGCCUUGGUCAGCAAGCUGUGUCUGGAGCUGUUGCCCAAGUACCCCGCCCAGAGCUUUGUGGUGGCCAUCAUCAAUACACUCACUCAAUUGUCGGCGCGUACGCUGGUGGGUGUGCCCGGGCAGCUCAACGUGUUGCUCGAUUUCAUGCAGGAUUUGCGCACGCCGGUGCGAAUCCAAGUACUUCGGUCCUUCAAUGAACUGGCCGACAAGCAGAGCGUCAACGCCUGGCCCAAGCCUGCCAUUGGUGCUCUAAUCAACAAAUUCAAUCUCUGCACGAAUGGAGCGGAACAGUUUCUCUUCCUCUCAAUACUCCUGAAGCUGAGCGAGUGUCCGCUUACCUGCCAGCAUUUAUUGUGUGAGCAUCGUGAUGCCUUGCUGCGGCUUUGCAAUGAGUGCAUCAGCAAAUUGGAUGAUUAUACCACAGCCACGCAGGCAAUGGCUGUGCUGGCUGCCUUGCUGGCCUUCGGUCUCAAGAAACAGGUGGCACAGGUGGACGACAUCCUGGAUAUGGUAAACCUGCAUAUGGAGGGUCUGCUCUUCUGUACGGCCCGUCGGGCGGAGUUCAAUCGGGAUCUGCGCCGUGUGCUGACGUAUGGCAUACGCAUUACCCAAGCCAAUGCGGAUUUUGGCGCCGACUUCGUCGAGAUGGUGACCAAUACGCUGGGAGACAAUGUAAACUAUCCGCCCAAUAAUUUGCAGCUCAUUUGCGAAGCGGCUGUGGGACUGUGUGAGCACUUCCAGCUGCGCAAGUACGCAUUCUCUACGGCGGAAGGACUGGAGGAUGACGCAUCCAUGGAAACGAACGAACCUGCACCACCUAAGCCGAAUCCAAUGCUCGCCCGCCUGCCGCUUAUUCUGUACAAGCUCAACAAACUGGUGGACAGCGAGGAGCAGCCGGAGCAGUUGCUGCGCACAGUGGAAAUACUUAGCGCCCUGGUGUGCCAAACGACCAUGGGAUGCUAUCUGCCCCAGGAGGUGAUACACUGCUUCGAGAAGUGCAUCGAUCGCGUCAACUGUUGGACUCUCUAUCGCAUUGCUCGCACGGCUAGCCGCUAUGGGCAUCACUACGUGGCGGCGCACAUCUACACGAAAGUCUCACAGAUUGUGAUCAGUGAUCACAUGCACUACUUCUUGGUCGCACUGGCGCAGAUCUCGCAGGCCGAAUGCAUACUUAACUAUGGCCUAGAAUAUGCCUACAUGCGGGACAAUUAUGCGCCCACGGAAGCCCCGGAGCCACUGCUGCCGUUGAUGAGGCGCUUGGAGGCGGCGAGCAAUCUAUAUCAGCAGGCGCUGGCCAGCAUGCGUGCCUGCUCCUCGCCCCAACAUCCAUGUAGCUUCCAACUGGAGUAUCUGAAGUUGCGCGCACAGUUCCUCCAGACUCUGCAUCUGGCUGUGACGGUGAAGAAUGCGCAGGUGAUUGUGCCGCCUCCGGCGAUUGCAGGUAGCCUGGCCCAGAAUUCACGCGAUUAUUUGCAAAAGUUUGGACACGUUACGAAUCAGUUGCGCAAACUGGUCAAGUCGCUGAAGGCUUGCGAGGAGACAUAUGCGCGCCUCUAUAAGUCGUCAUUCGAUGCGGAUAAUGUCACGUUGGAGUUUCUUGAGGUCGCCGAAUUCCAGUGCGCACUCUUCGCUCAUAUCAUCGAAUCAAUUUGCUAUGCCACGCCGCCGGAACCACCUGUCUUCCUGACCACCGGCAAUCAUCCGGAGACCCGCUUCUUUGCAGCGAGCUGCCAGCGAAUGGAGCAGAUGCAGAAGAACCUGCCACAGGAACCGCCCAAUGCGAAAACCAUUAGCAACAGGCAUUUAGACGUAAUCAUCGCCCUGAUUGAAAUCAUAACGAAGACGCCGCUCUGCUUGCCGCGCUACUUCUUCCAGAUACUGCAAUCCACACAGAUCAAGCUGUCGGUUAGCCCGCAGCCUCGCAGUGCCACAGAGCCGGUCAUUGUGCAGUCGGGCAGCAAUUUGGUCAUCAAGGUGGAGGGCGUGCUGCAACACUUUAGCAAGCAGCAGAAACACUUCCGACGCGUCGACUCAGUGCAACUGAGUCUGACAUCCCAGCUGCUGACGCCACGCCCUGGCAACGAGCUGGUUAAGUCACCCAACAACGAUACAGUCACGCUCAAUCAAAUUGUGAAGCCACAACGUGACUUCCUCUCUGGUAGUUUCUUGCUGCCCAUCUCCAGUGGCGGCCAAUUUCAGGUGACGUUGGAAACAUUUGUCGUGGAUGAGCAUGGCAUAACUUGGUGCACGGGUCCGAAGAGCUCAAUGGUGGUGCGAGUGCUGGACGAUCCAACGAAGCCAGCUACAGCGCCGGUUGCCAGCACUUCUCAAGCCUCGAGCCAGGCUAGGCGCUAUUAAAACAUAUAAAUAAAAGAUAAUUACAAUAAAGGCACAUUUGAAAUAU